AUGGCGUACGCCCGGCCCGACGCCCAGGCCGCCUCGGCGGCCUCCCAGCGCCACAAGGCCGUCUACCACGCCCUCAUCAAGGCCCGCAACGCUAAGCUCAAGGAAGACAACCUUGCGCUCAUCAGCACUUGGGCCGCGCUGCGGGGCCAGCUCGCCGAGCAAGCCAAGGUCGUCGCCAUCCAGGCUGCCAACCUCGCCGCCGUCUACGCCGAAUCUUCAAUCAGUUCCUCAAUGCUUGAUUCUGCACUGAUAGACCUAAACUAA